GAUUUUUUCCUGAACUGAAUAAAGUGAAGCUUUGGAAACACUGCGGACCAUCACUGGCCUCCUGCAGGAGUCGUGAGGACCACCAGGAGGCGCUGCGUCCCCUGCUUCUCCUGCUCUCCUCCAGGAUUCGUGCUUUCACUUUUCAGGUGUAUAAAGAGACUGCUCGUGUGAAAGCGCGGGGCGGGUCCCGGUGACGUCACAGCCUCGUGCAGCAGGUCGGUCCGGUUCACGCGGACACACCUGAUCUGGCUUGAUAGAGAGACGACCGGGCGACAGGCGGGGAGCUGCUGGAGCCGCAGACAUGGACCACAUCGCGGGGUACUUCGGGAAGAAGAUGGGAGACAUGGUGGAGGACGCUGUGUUGGGAGCUCUGGGUGUCGGGGACAAGGACAAGGACAAAGAUAAAGAUAAAGACGAUGGAGGAGGCUUCUUCUCCAAAAUCUUCAACAAAGAUGACGAUGAUGAGGAGGAGGAGAGGAAGAGGAAGGGAGGAGGAGGUUUCUCCUUUGGAGGAGGUAGAAAGGACGAGGACGACGACAAAGGAGGCUUCUUCUCCAGAAUCUUCAAGAAGGAUGACGAAGACGACGACGAUGGGCGGGAGAGGCCCACCGGAUUUCAGGGGAUGUGGCAGCAGCCAGGAGCCGCUGGAGGAGGAGGCAGCUGUGACAACAUGGGAGGCGGCGGCGGCGGCGGCGGCCAGCACCUGGCCCUGAAUGAUGGAGAUUUGAUGAAUGAUCUGAUGGACGUUGCUGCAGAAACAUCCCGGGAAUGAAGCUACAAGGUUGAAGAGCUUUUCAAACAUCCACACUUUGUUUCCUGCUGCAUGUCGUCUUUACCGGAGAAGACAUGCAGCUCUCCUGCGAUCAGAGGAGCGGUCGCAGUCUGGCUGUGAUUAGCCUAGCUUAACUCAAGCGCCGGUGAAGGGGAAACUGCUAGCCUGGAGCUAACAGUCAGAUUCAAGGUUUGUUUUCCUCAAAGCUAUUCUAACCAGUCUAAUUUCUUGAACCGUGUUCCUCAGCACUGAGGAAAAACGGUCCAGUAAAGUCAACUCUGAACUUCAUAACCUUGGAAGGGCUCAAAGAAAUGUCCCCGAUCUCCCAUACGUCUUUUAGCGAGAUAAGCUCGUCACGGCCUGACGACUCCACCUCAAAUCCACUUUAUCGUCUGGUUUUCAGCUAGCGUUACACCGUGUUUCCAUUAUUUAUCAGUGCUUGUUGGAUCUGCUCCUGGUUUCUCUUGUAGUUUUCUUUGAAUCCUGAGGUUGAGGUUAUGUCUGUUUUAAACUGAUGAAAUGAAGUUAUAAUUAAAGUUGUAAAAAUAAUAAAUUGAAGUUAAAAUGUU